AUGCCUCCGCGAAUACAGAACCAGCUCGUCUCUAACUCCCUCCUCCCCUACCUUUCCUCGACCUCUUCCACCACCCUCUGCUCCUCCACAAGAUGCUCUCCCUCCUGUCGGUCGACGAGCCGGCCAUUCUCGUCGACAUCAUCGACGCAGACUAAACUCCGCUCUGACAUGUUCACCUGGCUGAACGGCGAGGGGGCCGCCUUGAAGAACCACAUUCCUGGUCAGACCAACUACCUGACACAGCUGCGGUACCGGCGCUCCGGGGAGGAUGAGACCCCUGAACGGACGGGGCCGUCGCGGCCAUUCCCAUUAAACCCCAGCUUCGUCAGCGAGCCGAUCCUCAGCGAGGAACUGCGUAACGAGAUCUACGAGCGUGUGGUGCGGAAGAAGAAGAGCGUGCGGGCCGUCAGUGUUGAACUGGGUAUCGAUAUGCGCCGUGUGGGUGCUGUCGUCCGGCUAGUCGAGCUGGAAAAGCGCAUGAGACAACAGAACAAGGAGCUGGCGCUGCCCUACGCCCGGGCCAUCCAUGAAAUGGUCCCAACCACCCCAUUAUACGAAGACCCCCGCGACCACCGCUCUAAUCCUCACGAGUCCAUCAACGACCUCCCAGUGCACCGCCUGACCGACCCGCAGAUCUUCUACCCUGUCUCCGAGUCGCGGCAUUUCACCCGCACGGACGCUGGCCGCGUGUUCUCCGCCGCCCCGGCGCAGGAACAUGCCCAGGUUGCUCGUGAUACUGCGGACCCCGACGCUGCCGUGUCCCGCAUCACGCAGCAGCCCGGAUCGGCGAUCGAGACUGUCGGUAAGGGUGCGGAGGAGCAGCAGGUGCUGCAGCCGGCGGAUGUGCGGAUUCCUCACCCGCAUCUGGUGGCCCACGAGCGGCACCGUCUCGCGCAUCCGUUCGAGGGCCGCGAGACGCAGAAGUUGUAUGAGCGUCGGCUGCGUAGCGAAGAGGAGGCGGAGCGGGCGCGCAAGCAGGCUGCGAAGGACCGCGCGGAGCAGCAGAUGCAGAAGGUGCAGCCUGCGGACUCGCGGUUCGAGUUCCGCUUCAAGGAUGUUGAGGUUAGCCGGGAGACGGUUGGUGCUGAUGGUCGUGGAGCGAAGGCGCCUGGCCAGCGGUACGGUGUGCCCAGCUAUGAGCGGAAGAAGGGUCAGGUCAAGAUCCCUACCCGUGUGGAGGUUUAG